AUGGAUUCCAGCAUGAUUGAUGCUACCUGGUCACUGCCUAACAAGGUCAAAUGGAUUGCUGAAGCAAUCACAACGAGAAAUAGCACUGGUCACACUGCGAUAAACUCAUCGUAGAACACGAAAAAUACAACACGAGCGCUCAGAAGCUACUGACGGCUGCUCACUCCCUGUCUGCCGGGGCUUCCUAAAGUCUACGAACACUUGACUCAUCCGCCUUAUUUAGCAGCCACUACCACUCCCUGUGUCUUGCCAUCGAUGCCCGUCUUGGUCGGCUCCAGCAGCUCCGCCCAGAAGGUCAGGGGCCUCUCGCGCGGCGCGUCUGCCUUCGGCUGCCACGGCUCGCUGAAGGGGAGGGUGCACUUGAUCUCAUAGGUCUUGUUGGCGGCGGCUGGGGUGAGCAGUGACGCCACCACCAAGUCAGCCACGUCCUCACGAGAGAUCUUGCCCUUGAUCUCGUCGCCUUGGCCGAUCUGGAGAGGCGCGCCGGCUGGCUCCUCUGUGAGUGCGCAUGGCCGGAUGACGCUGUAGGUGACGCCGCUGUCGCGCACCACAUCCUCGCCCUUCAACUUGUAGGUCAGAAUGCCGCCCUGAACACACACAACCACACACACACACACACUUGUGACGUGGUUGGUGUCAUCGCAGCAGCUAUAUCUUCCCUCCCCCUGGCUGACCAGCAUGUCGUUCAUGCGCACAGCCGGCGGCUCCUUCUCGAGGUCGAGUCCAGGCCUGCCGGGUCGCGUGACGCCGGCAGAUGACACCUGAAUCAGUCUGGGCGACUUCGCUGACUCGUCAGGGUAGGCCUCCAUUGACUGCACGACCAACCUGACACACCCAACACACAUUUGAAUGCAUGUGCGCAUGAAUGGGUGCCGGUGGCUGACCUGAAUUUGCCUGGAGUGAAGGAGGGGUUGAGCUCGCCGUCGAAUUCGAACUUGGAGAGCAUCAGCUGCAGCGAGUAUAUUUCAUUCGUCUUAAGCUUGGCAGAAGGAUCCUGCACAGAACAUACGGAGAAAAAGAGCCAUCCAUCAAGUGACGGGCAGGUGCGAGUGGCUGAGUGGCUGACCUUCGUCUUCAUGUUUCGAAAAUUCUGAACAAAGUCUGAGAAGGGCAGGUCGACGGUGACCCACUCGUCUUUGACAGUGUCGAAGCCCAUGCCCCAUGAAGGCGAAUCCCACCUGCACACACCGCAAGACAAAAAAAAGUCGAUGUCCGCUUCCCAUCCAUCUCUGCUGUCCUCACCCGGCAUUGUCGCGUAUCUGCAUUUUGUAGCGCGAUCCGUCCCCCUUGAUGCGUAGUCGCAGCCCUUCAUAGGCAGACAGGUCGAGAGGCGGGUCGAACUUGCGGGUCCGAACAGACACAAAACCGCCGAAAUUGGCCGUCUUGACUUCGCCGCUGAAGACGGCUGCGACGGUCGCACCUGUAGACACACACUCAGAGAGAGAGAGAGAGAGCAUGAGGGCAAUCGGGCUUUGAGCUGAAUGACGUCAUGUGUUUUGCUGACCUGUGUUUGGUUCUGCUGCCCCUGGUUCCAGUUUGAUGUUGCUCUCCGACACCCCGCCCAUGACCACGUCAUCGAGCGGCCCCCACGCCUCCCAUGUGUCGUGAAAACCAGGCUGCAGGCACAAACAUAACACACACACACACACACACACACAAAAGUUGAUGCAUCCAGCACUCCAUCAAGCGUCUUCCAGUCCAUCUGCUCACCUGCGCGCUGAAGAGCUUGAGUGUGUCGAGCGAUGCGAACCGCUGUGCGGCCUCCACCACAUUCUGGACACCACGGAAGUCCACCUCUUCGGGCGAGUCAACCACCAUGGGCUCGAAGAACUUGAUGCCCUGAUAAUAUUUCUCGCGAUCCGGCGUGUCGCCCUCGCGCGGCGUCACGAUGGCGGCACUGCAGAUGAUGACGGCCACAACGUCGCGGAAGAGGUGCGGGCGUAUCUCUUCGGGCUUGGUGAUAUCAGCGGCAGCGAUCUCCAAGCCAUCGUUCUUGAGAGAGGGCUCUUUGCCGCCACUGAGGAAGGCUAGGCCCUUGCUCUUGUUGCGGACGAUGGCCCGCACCCGCAUGCCGCGUUUCCUCAGCCGCUCCACCACCCUCUUGCCCACACCGCCGGUGCCACCAACCACCUACACACAGGCAACACAACCGCAAGGCAACAAAUGUGCAGAUGCGCAUUUCAUGUGCCGUGUUGCUGCUAAUGUAGCAGUACCAAGACAGUGCCUCGUCGCAGGUCAUCGGGCAUGGUGGUGUCGGCGAGAGGAGAAGACGACAGCCCGGGUGCGCGGGCAGAUGGCGCCAUGACGCCGCGAAAGAAUGUCUGGAGUGCGCGGCCAAUCGGCCAUGCCUCUCGAGUGGCCUCCGCCAAGUGAAGACGAGAGCGAUGGCUGCGGCAGUCUUUCGAAGAUCGGCAGAGGACAGAUGAGUGGUGAGGUCGAAACCCGGAUGAAACAACAGCCAGUAGAGGAAGCAGCAGAACGAUAAAGAGCGCCUGCAUGACGGCG